CGGCCGGGCGCACCCGCGGGGCCCUGGGCUCAUCGGCUCGUGCGCAGCUGAGCGGGGUGCAGCUUGGAGAGGCCGGGGCCCCCCAGGGCGCAGGUGGGGGCCGGCGCUAUGGAGCCCCCGGCCGCCCCCUCGGAAAGGAGCCUGUCUCUGUCUCUGCCCGGGCCCCGGGAGGGCCAGGCCACCCUGAAGCCACCCCCCCAGCACCUGUGGCGGCAGCCUCGGACCCCCAUCCGUAUCCAGCAGCGCGGCUACUCCGACAGCGCGGAGCGCGCCGAGCCAGAGCGGUCGCCGCACCGGCACAUAGAGCGCGCCGACGCCGUGGAUACCAGCGACCGGCCCGGCCUGCGCACGACCCGCAUGUCCUGGCCCUCGUCCUUCCACGGCACUGGGACCGGCAGCGGCAGCGCGGGCGGAGGCAACUGCAGGCGCUUCGAGGCGGAAAAUGGGCCAACGCCAUCUCCGGGCCGCAGCCCCCUGGACUCGCAGGCGAGCCCGGGGCUCGUGCUGCACGCCGGGGCGGCCACCAGCCAGCGCCGGGAGUCCUUCCUGUACCGCUCAGACAGCGACUAUGACAUGUCACCCAAGACUAUGUCCCGGAACUCAUCAGUCACCAGCGAGGCGCACGCUGAGGACCUCAUCGUAACGCCAUUUGCCCAGGUGCUGGCCAGUCUCCGGAGUGUUCGCAGCAACUUCUCUCUCCUGACCAAUGUGCCCAUUCCCAGCAACAAGAGGUCCCCGCUGGGUGGCCCAACCCCUGUCUGCAAGGCCACGCUGUCAGAGGAGACGUGUCAGCAGUUGGCCCGGGAGACAUUGGAGGAGCUGGACUGGUGUCUGGAGCAGUUGGAGACCAUGCAGACCUACCGCUCUGUCAGCGAGAUGGCCUCCCACAAGUUCAAGAGGAUGCUGAACCGUGAACUCACACACCUGUCAGAAAUGAGCAGGUCAGGAAACCAGGUGUCAGAGUACAUUUCCACAACGUUCCUGGACAAACAGAAUGAAGUAGAGAUCCCAUCACCCACAAUGAAGGAGCGAGAAAAACAGCAAGUGCAGCGGCAGAGACCCUCCCAGCAGCCCCCGCCCCCUGUGCCGCAUCUCCAGCCCAUGUCUCAGAUCACAGGGGUGAAAAAGUUGACGCACAGCAGCGUGAACAACUCUAGCAUCCCCCGCUUUGGGGUGAAGACAGACCAAGAAGAGCUCCUGGCACAAGAACUGGAGAACCUGAACAAGUGGGGCCUCAACAUCUUUUGCGUGUCAGACUAUGCGGGAGGUCGCUCCCUAAGUUGCAUCAUGUAUACGAUAUUCCAGGAGCGGGACCUGCUGAAGAAAUUCCGCAUCCCUGUGGACACGAUGGUGACAUAUAUGCUGACGCUGGAGGACCACUACCACGCCGACGUGGCCUACCACAACAGCCUGCACGCGGCCGACGUGCUGCAGUCCACCCACGUGCUGCUGGCCACGCCUGCGCUGGAUGCCGUGUUUACGGACCUGGAGAUUCUUGCUGCUCUGUUUGCGGCUGCCAUUCAUGACGUGGAUCAUCCUGGGGUCUCCAACCAGUUCCUCAUUAACACCAAUUCGGAGCUGGCGCUCAUGUACAAUGACGAGUCGGUGCUCGAGAAUCACCACCUGGCCGUGGGCUUCAAGCUGCUGCAGGAGGACAACUGCGACAUUUUCCAGAACCUCACCAAGCGCCAGCGACAGAGCCUGCGCAAGAUGGUCAUCGACAUGGUGCUGGCCACAGACAUGUCUAAGCACAUGACCCUCCUGGCUGACCUGAAGACCAUGGUGGAGACCAAGAAAGUGACCAGCUCGGGGGUCCUCCUGCUGGACAACUACUCCGACCGCAUCCAGGUCCUUCGGAACAUGGUGCACUGCGCGGACCUCAGCAACCCCACCAAGCCACUGGAGCUGUACCGCCAGUGGACAGACCGCAUCAUGGCCGAGUUCUUCCAGCAGGGCGACCGUGAGCGUGAACGUGGCAUGGAGAUCAGCCCCAUGUGCGACAAGCACACGGCCUCCGUGGAGAAGUCUCAGGUGGGUUUCAUCGACUACAUUGUGCACCCGUUGUGGGAGACAUGGGCGGACCUCGUGCACCCAGAUGCCCAGGAGAUCCUAGACACACUGGAGGACAACCGGGACUGGUACUACAGUGCCAUCCGGCAGAGCCCGUCGCCACCGCCCGAGGAGGAUCCAGGGGGGCCAGGCCACCCACCCCCACCUGACAAGUUCCAGUUUGAGCUGACACUGGAGGAAGAAGAGGAGGAGGAAAUAUCUGCAGCCCAGAUACCGUCCCCGGCCCAGGAUGCAAUGGAAGGCCAGGGAUUGUCCGCCACCGAGGAAGGAUCCCCAACUCUGGAUGAGACCACAGCCCAGCCUGCAUUCUCAUCAGAGGAACAGAACAUGUCCCCCGAGAUCGAGGUAGAGGAGGUGUAUGUGCUGGAGCAGCCACACUCAGAAGGUGGUGCACCUAUAGCCCAGGAUGAGCCCCUGUGCCAGGAGGGAUCGGUGGAUGUCGUAAGCUGCAGCAGCCCCCCUGCCCUGUGUCUUGGAAACCCCCUUCUGCCUGCCUUGAGGACCCCGUCCAUUUCAGAGGAGGCCCCGGGCCUCCCGGGCCUCCCCUCCACGGCGGCCGAGGUGGGGGCCCAAAGAGAGCAUCAGGCUGCCAAGAGGGCUUGCAGUGCCUGCACAGGGACCUCUGGGGAGGAGCCCCCGACACUCCCAGCUCCUGGUGGCUGGGAGUCAGGUGGAGACCCCACCUGAUCCCUAGCCCAUGCUCCCUGUGGCCCUCCCUGCUCCCCUGUCCCCACCUGCCCCCACGACCACCUCCUCCUCCUCCGCUGCCUCAAAGACACUCGGCCCUCCUGAGAAAAAAGAAAACAGAAAAGUGGGUUUUUUUCUCUUUUCUUUUUUUCCCCUUUCCCCCCACCCCCACCCAUGGGGCCCUUUUUUGGAGGUGGGGGCUGGGGAAUGAGGGGCUGAGGUCCCAGAAGGGAUUUUAUUUUUUGAAUUUUAAUUGUAACAUUUUUAGAAAAAGAACAAAAAAAAAGAAAAAAAAAAAGGAUGCAACACA